GCCGCUUUUGGCGAGACCUCAGUCCAUUUCCCAAACCAAAGUCUCCCCUCUCACAAACAACCAACCGCCCCCGGCGCUUUUCUCUUAACACAUACAUUCACACAUCAUCAUGGUUGACUACGUUGCCGUCGCCGAGCAGGCAGUGCAGACCAUUCUGGCUGUCGCCGAGGACAAGUCCAUGGAGCUCGUCAAGUCGACGAAAGAGACCAAAGUCUAUGCCCAAGCUGUUCCUGGCAUGCACCCCAAGCGAUACCGCAUCGAGUCAGAGUUUGACGCACCGCCGGCGCGCGUGGCGUCGCUCAUGCUUGUCAGCGAGCGAACAAAGUGGGACGAGCACGUCAAGUCCAUGAAGCUCCUCGAGACCUUAGCCGACGGCGUUACGGUUGUCCACACCACCAUGAACUCGGCCAUGCUCGGCGUCAUCUCUUCGCGCGACUUUUGCGACGCGGUUGUCUUCCGACCGCUCGAGGGCACUAACGACCUGAUUCUUGCUGGCGAGAGCAUCGAACACAGCGGCGCACCACAUCAAAAGGACGUUGUGCGCGGCUUCCUGCACCGAGGCGGCUGGAUUUUUAAAUCGUUGGACAACGGCCUCCGAACUCGAAUGGUCGGCGUCCUGCAGGUACAGCUCGGCGGACAGCUCUCCACAAGCUCCAUCCUCGACACUGUUAUGCCAAAGAUGCAAGUCAGUCUGAUGGAGGACCUCCGCAAGGCACUCAAGAAGACCGUUGCUGCUGCCGCUCACUGAACAAAGCAAACAAACAGGUUUUUGUUCUUUUUUUGGUGCGUCGCGAGCGGGUGCGUGCCCUGUACUGUAUGAGUGUUUGUUGUCAAUUAAACUAUUGUGUUUUUUGCCAAAGUGCGCACCGGCAGGGACUGUAUCGACGAAAUCCAUCUUUUC